AAAAAAAUGGACAUUCUCCACAACACUCCCUCAUUGCACCACCACCAAAACGACACCGUGGUCGAUAGAGACUAUUUGUUCGAGAAAUCACUAACACCAAGCGACGUUGGAAAGCUAAACCGUUUAGUCAUACCCAAACAAUACGCUGAGAAACACUUCCCUCUCAAUAAUACCGACAAUGACGUGGCGGCGGCUGAGACAACGGAGAAAGGGAUGCUUCUGACCUUCGAGGACGAGUCAGGAAAGUGUUGGAAGUUCAGAUACUCGUAUUGGAACAGUAGCCAAAGCUACGUGUUGACCAAAGGGUGGAGCAGGUACGUUAAAGACAAGCACCUCCACGCGGGGGACGUUGUUUUCUUUCAACGGCACCGUUUUGAUAUCCAUAGAGUCUUAAUUGGUUGGCGUAAACGAGGCGAGGCUUCUCCCUCUUCCGCCGUCUCCGUCGUGUCUCAAGAUGCUAGAGUUAACACGACGGCGUACCCGUACCGUCAAGUACACGUGUCAACUAGUUCUUACCCUAAUAUUCAUCAAGAGUAUUCACACUAUGGCGCCGCCGCUGAGACACCGACGGUGGUUGCAGGGAGCUCGAGGACGGUGAGGCUAUUUGGAGUUAACCUCGAAUGUCACGGUGACGUUGUCGAGCCACCACCGUGUCCUGACGGCUACAAUGGCCAACACUUUUACUAUUACUCAACUACUCAUCCCAUGAGUAUCUCAUUUGCUGGGGAAGCCAUGGAACAGGUAGGAGAUGGACGAGGUUGAUGAUAGAAGUGACGAUCUUUUUGACUUUAGAUUAUGAGUCCAUUACUUGGCCACAACAGAAAGGAGGACAAUUAAUAUCAGUAUAACUUCAUUUAUGUAAUUAGUUAUUUACUAUUUAACUAAUUUGAAAUAAAUAAUAAAUACAAAAUGGAGAAUUUUUUUUUCAACAUUUAAGGCAGAGUAACAAAAUGUGUAUUAUCAGC